AUGUUUCCCUCUACCGUUAAUCCUGCUGGCAAUUUAGCUCCUUCAAACGGAUCAGCUACACCUUCCACUCCAGCAUACUCUUCCGCCACAGGUGUAGAGACUACCGCAAACGGUUUAGAAAGCUCUGGUGGUGUAGGUGAGAGUUCCAAGAAUGCAGUGAGAGUGGAUCCGACUUACCAUGCUAUCAAUCUGUCUAAUUGGGCAUUUAACGUUGGAUAUUUACAUCAAGAUUGGACUGAUAUCAACUUGACUUUUUUCCAAAGUGGUUUAAAAGCUCAUCGAUUGAUACUUGCUAGAAGUCCAUAUCUAGCACAUCUGUUACGGAAUGUCAUUCCUGGAACAACGAUACAUCUCAAUUUCGCUGACGAGAACAUCACACAAGAUUCCGUUCAUAUAGCUUUACAACAUCUCUACAACCCUUCACAGAAUCUCAUUGAUGCGACUAACGCCCGAUCGAUACUUGCAACUGCCUAUUUAUUCGGUGGAAUACCAGAACUAAUCCAUCAAUCAUACACAAUCAUUCGAUCUUCGAUCAACCAUGAGAAUGUUGUAGAUCAUAUUCAUUGGUUAUCUCAAUCACCAGAUUUACUUUCAAACGGUUUCAGAAAUGGUAACAGUAAUGGAAAUGUCAAUGGAAACGGGAAUGGGAACGGGAACGGGAGUGGGAACUCAACAAUGUAUGGCAGUGUUCAAGUAUCCGAAGGUCAAGCUACCAUUUUAGGCUUGAAUGAUAAUUGGGAAAAUAACAAACCUAGAUAUGGUGAAUGGACAAAUAGAUUGAAGAACGAUGUUAUCGAUUAUAUUAUUCACCAACUUCCAUCUGAAUUCCCAAAUCUAACUUCUGAUCCAACGAUAAUCUCCAUAUUCUCAAAAUUGCCUUAUGAAUUAUUCAAAUCGAUAAUUGAGUCACCCGAAAUUCCAAUCACUUCAAUGCAAGAUCGUUUUGCUUUUACCAAGAAAAUCAUUGCUCAAAGAAAGAAAAUCGCUUCUUCAUCUGGAUCAGGAAACGUAGGAGGAAUGGAAGAAAGCGUUGUGUUGGCUUUCAAGGGUGGUGAAGGUAUGGAAAUUCAUAUCAGUAGAAAGCCGAAGAAGAGCAGACAACUUUUCAAAGUUGAAGGGUAA